AUGAACGGCGGCAGCGGCCUCAAGCGGAUGGUGCGCAUCGAAGAGGGUCAACACUACUUCCUCGAACCCAACGACGAGCUGCCGUACAAGUUACUUCGCAAUCUGGGGCAAGGGGGAUUCGCCAACGUGGAAGAGGUCGAGGACCGACAUACUGGCGUGGUCUUGGCCUGCAAGGUCUUCAAAUUUGGUGGCUCUUCAGUUGAGAGACAACGCCUUUUUGACAACGAGGUUAAGGUCAUCCGACGGUUAGCUCCACAUCACCACAUCACUCGGAUCUUUGCGACAUACGUAGGAAGGCGUCAAAUAGGUAUCUUACUGACACCAGUCGCCGAUCGCGGCUCGCUGGAAACAUUCCUUCAGGACGCUCAUGACGGUCUCUUUACGGGGACUGAGUUGAAUACCUUGUACAAUUCGUUUGGGUGUCUUGCUAGUGGCUUACAGUUCAUGCACGCUCAAAAAGUGCGACACAAGGACAUUAAGCCAUCCAACAUCCUGUGCAGCUACGCGCAGCAUUACGACAGGCCGCCCAACGUCCAUAACCCGCAAGUACGCUGCCCCGGAAUUGCACGAAUGGUCGCCACGCAGUUCUAA